CCCGCACCCUGAAAAUAUGGACAACAAAGAAUAAAGACUAAGGCUACCCGACCGAGACGGCGACAGCGGGGUGUCAGAUCAAGGUUUUGUUUUUUCGUCAGCUAGCAAGCUUGUUACCGGAUUAGCCACACGGGCAGGGUUCGAGAGGGAUCUCCGCGUCUUAACCCCCUUUCCGAGCGCUUUUGAAAUUGUUUUUGCUGCCGUUGUUUCCCUGUCGAAGCGCCCCGCUACGAUGGGCGCUCAUCCCGGGGAUGUGGAGCCCAUGCCGGGAUACAUAGAGCUCAUCAACCGAGCCUCCGGCGUCAUGCUGAAAUCUUGGCGAGAUUGUAGCCAGUGCGGCGUGGAGCUCACCACGCGGACACUCGUGGACCACGCGUACAUCACCUGGACUGAGAUAGCCCUGUUCUUCUUUUGCGCCUUUUUGUGGACGCAGAUCAGGCGGGGCUUGACAGAAAGUCUCUUCAAGCCUCUGGCACGGUGGUGCAAGUUGCUGCCCAAAGAUGCCGCCAAGAUGCCAGAGAGUGCGUGGAAGCUGGUCUUCUACACCAUGUCGUGGUGCUACAGCACCUACCUGCUCUUCUUUACCUCCUACCCCUUUUUCCACAACCCACGCUCCGUCUUCUACAACUGGAAGAGUGGAAUGUCAGUGCCUAUAGACAUCGCAAUCGCCUACCUGAUCCAAGGCAGCUUCUACGGUCACUCCAUAUAUGCCACUGUUUACAUGGACUCCUGGAGGAAGGACUCUGCUGUCAUGGUGGUGCAUCACAUCAUCACCCUGGCACUCAUCUGUUUUUCUUAUGCCUUCAGGUACCACAACGUGGGUAUCCUGGUGUUAUUCCUCCAUGACGUCAAUGACAUCCAGCUGGAGUUCACCAAGCUCAAUGUCUACCUGAAGUCAAGAGGAGGAGGCUACUUCCUGCUCAAUGAUGUGCUCGCCAACAUGGGCUCGGUGAGCUUCAGCAUCACCUGGUUCUGGUUCCGUCUCUACUGGUUCCCCCUAAAAGUGCUGUAUGCUACCUGUGUGUCAGUCCCCAACAUUCCCUUCUACUUCUUCUUCAACAUUUUGCUCCUCUGCUUGUUGCUCAUGAACAUCUACUGGUUCUUGUUCAUCGUCAUAUUCGUGGUAAAAUUGCUGAAGAUGAAGGAGGUGAACGAUGUCAGGGAGUAUGAGGAGGAGGACGGCUCCAAGGCAGCAGCGGGACUGCUCCGAAAACCUCAGGCGGCAGCCACAAGUCGUGACAGUGAGCAACCCAAUGAUGAUGCUGGACAUCACAUCUCUGACGAUAGGAAGCACGUCCAGAACGGCGUCACGAAGGAGAAACGUCUAUGAAUGGCGAUGUGGGGUCCACACCAGGCAGGAGGCCGGCAAAGGAGCCCAACACCACCGCUACCCAAACACACCUAACAUUUUUCAGUAUUUCAUGUUGUUAUUAUUCAAGCACUGUGAAUGUCAUCUCUUUGAGGCAGUAAGCAACAGAUUGUCAGAGUGAGGUGUCACGAGAUCAUCUUUUUCAUUUCCAAAUCAUCCAUUCCCUCACUUAUCGAGUUGACUGUCGGUUACCGGUGGCCUCCAGACUUUCUUAGCCACAUUAGUGUGUUUGUGUGUGCGUGAGUGAGGAUGAGUGGAGAAAGCAUGCCGAGCAAGUCGAUAGAGCUUGUUCUUUUUACAACACUUCACCUCAAUAUUACUUGUUAACCCUCCCAUUUAAUGUUUGUGUGUUGCACUGACAUGAAGGCCAACGAGCUGACUGCUGCUUUAAUGACAGCAACGAGCUGGAAUUGAUUGAUUGGGGUUUUUAAAUGGUUUCAUUUAUGUGUGUAUUAAUGCCCAGCAGAAGAAGUAUCAACAAGAUUUUUCAAGAAGUUAAAAAAAAGAAAAAAAUGCACACGCUUUCAUGAAUGCAUGACAUCGGAAUGAUUUGGGAACAUGCCGUGGAUUUUUAUUUGGAAAGUGAACACUCCUACAGAUGCAUGCGGUUUACCCACAAUACAAAGUAACCCCCCCACAACCUGUUCAGGGUCGGUACCACCAACCUGGUCAAUCAACUUUGGGCUCUUGUUUUGAAAACUCAGCAUGCUUGUGGCGCUGGAGCGGGGGUGCACAUUUUUUGUCUCGUUUACCUCGUCAUCUUUCAUCAUUCCCACAUCCACGACUCACAAAAUAUUAGGCAGAUUUGGCUUUUUGGGUACAAUUCCACAAUCAAGCUAAAAUGCCUUAACCUUUCCAGGUGACCUUCAGUUAACCUUCCCUACACUUUGUAACGAGUCGAUCCAUCAGUCGUUUUAGUACAUCUCGUCUUCGUUGUUAGUGAUGUUGAGAUAUUGCAAGCAUGUUUUUUUUUUUUUUGGGGGGGGGGUCACUACUAUUACUUGUUUAAACUAUUUCCAUUGAAAUUCUGUACUAGUAAUCCAUCAAUUUGUUGUGUUGAGUGUUUUUCGUGCACAUGAAAAACAGAGGCUGUCACCUCCGUCUCAAGCUCUGGCAUCAUCAGAACUGCUGCUGUAUUGUGAGUUUUAGCUACGAUUGUGGCGCAUCACAGUAUUAAAAACAGCUGGAAGUCACUCAAACUCUGUCGACUGAUUUUGUUUCCCACUGCUAAUGUGUUGGGCAAUUGUGUGUGUGUGUUUUUUUUUUCAAACAGGUAUAUUUUUGUAACCAAUUGUCUAAUUUUGCAGGGGAAAAAAAAUCUUGAAAUAGCAUUGUCCUUUUUGUUUUUUGCAAUCCAGAGAUGUGUCGUGAAAAUAAGUGAGUAAAUAGUAAGUAAAGAAACCUUUGCGCGUGUGUAUGAGGGAAUUCAUUUCCAGCAAGGGUGUCACAAUCAUUUUUGUCUCGGGUCAUGUUGUACUUGUGAUUUUUCUCAUCUAAAUGUUUAAUCACCAAAUAAUAUCACUAUUACACAACAAAUUGAUGGAUAACUAGUUUUGAAAUCAGAUAAUAAGGAUAAAAAGUUGUCCAAGUAUUGUUUCAAUUACAGUAGAAAAACAGACAAUGAAAUAUCUUAACACUUUUAUUGACUAUCUGGUAUUUGGGUAGAGAUUUGAUCAAAAAUCAUGGAAGUUGACAAACAUGAUUGCUUUCGCGGAGCACAUGAAAUGACGUGGCAAGCCGCAUCUGACCCAUGGGCCUCGAGUUUGACACCUAUGAUUUACAGUAACAUAAGUGUGUAGUGUAGCCUGUGGCAAACAUGAGUUUGACAACUCUGCUUCUGGGCUAAGUAUCCACUUUGGUGGGAGAACACGAUUGUUGGGUGUCAUUUUCAUCUCGUGAUGUCAAAAUGACAACGAGGGGCAAUCCUAACAGAACCAGGAAAUGUAUUGUUCUAGGUUUUAGGUUCAUCCCUCAAUUUCAACAAAAGCCCGAUGAUCUCUUACAAUUUGUGUGUAAUGUCUGCCAGUGUUUUAGUUCAGGGUAUUGUUUAUUUGUAUCAGAACUGCUGCUGUUUUAUUUCUUUUUUUGUUAGUGUUGUUGUUGUCUCUGAGCACACUGUUGUUAUCCUUCUAUUUUAUUUUAUUGUGUGUUAUUCUCUUCCUGUCUUGUGUUCGACCGUCUGAAGUACAGUAAUGAGAUACAAGAGUGAGUUUGUACUACUGGAUCGAGCCUCACGUCAUCUCUUCCUUUUUAGUCAGGAAUGCCAGUUGCCACACUGUCGGUCCACCGUCACGCGAUAUCGCCCACUGACUCUUUGGUGGUCUGCCGCAAGAUGGGAGAUUCCAGUUCAUAGCCCCACGACACGUGGCGCCAUCCAAGCAUGUGCAGUUGAUCAAAGAAUUGUACACCAAAAAAAGGACCCUUUUUUUUUUUUUUGCUGAUGUUCAACCCCCCCCCCCUCGCAAAACAAUGUGAUUUACAACCUGUACGAUUCAACUGAAAAUGAAACACGUUUGUCAUGAGGACAUCCUCACUGUAAAACUACCACAGUGCUUAACUCUUUACUUAUCUUUAAGCUGUCAUUUGAAACCCCAACUAGAAACUUUUGUCUUGUCUCAAAAGCCAAUUUUUCAACUCUAAUCUUGAACCCAAACACCAUUUGAAACUUUUAACGCAGGGAUGAAAGCCUUACUUUGACUUCAAACUCGAUUUCCAAAUUUCAUUACACUGUAAGUUCUUCCACUGUCCCUUCCCCUUCUAUAAUAUUUGACCACUCUUCUAGACAAAACCAUUUGAAAUGUGUCAGAUUGCAUGAAACUUUUGUGUGCACAGAUUUAAUAUAUAGAAUUUAGUUCUGGGCUCGUUGAAUAAAUCUCUCCACCUUGACGAAAGAAAAAAAAAAUAGUACAGCUAUAUUUGAAAUAUAUCUCUGCAAGCAGAGAAAUAUUCAUUUCACUAGUUGAAUGAUACAGGGUAUAAUUCACCUUUUUCUCCCCAAGUUAAAUCAUUCCAAAAUUAUCAUGGUGUAGUUAUUUAAAAAAAAAUGAUGGAAGGAAAAACAUUUCAACAGGUGUCGACGUUUUCUAUCCCGUGUCCAGAUACAAGCACCACGUAACUUCAUCCUUGUCAUGUUGGUCUUUGUAUGGCUGACAUGUCGUCAGGCUGCUGUGUUGGAUAUCUAUGAGACAUCUUGUGGCAGUGUUAUUGCAAGGUUGUUAUUGUUUUGUUUUAUUCCCUCCAUUUUGUGCGUGUAAUUGUUCAACUAGUUCAGUAGUAUACAUUAUAUUGUUCCUUUUGAAAGUGACAACCACUUGAAAUUACAGAAAUGAGAGGAUGCCAGGAUUAGAUGGUAGUUUGGAUACUAUAGUUAAAAGCAAACAAGUUAGGUGAAAGACUGUCAAAAUACAAAAGUGGUUCCGCAAGUGAUUUUUUUUUUUUGGAUGGUGUCGAUGAGACUGCAAGCUUGUUCACAUUUAGAAAUAAAGGGAAAAGUGCUGAAAUUGCUAGGAUAGUGAGUCAAACAGCUGAAUUGGAUAGUAUGUCAGGAAAUGUGACCGCAAAUGGAUGGCGGGAAAGAAAAGAUUUGUGCACACGAACACCAGUGAUUUUUCUCUUUUGUUUGACUUCACUGCAACUCCGAUUGAUUAAAAUGGAAGCUUUGAUAGUGCCAAACGGUCCUUUUGUAAUGUUGGAUUGUGAGGGACCAGGAAUGUGUGUCAUGCCGAAAGCCCGGCAAAGUGUUCUUUUCGUUAAGAAAAAAAAAAAAAAAGUCAUAAUCACACUGUAAUUUAUUAGCAUUUUUAAUAUUGAUUAUUAGAACAAUGCUAAAAAAGGGAAGAGUGAAUUGGGAAUAUUUUUUAGACCUUUUUAUCGUUCUUGGAACAAAACGUAUUUUAAUCAUACAUUUUUGCAAGACCCUGUCAAACUUAAUUGCCCACAAUGUAAUCACUUACUUUUAUAGAAUAUUGAGAUUUCUUUUUGGUUUAUCCCCUAAAAUAAAAAAGGUGUCAAGAUGGUACAAAAAUUAUUUUGUCAUUAAUUCUUAUCUUGUACAGUAUAUGUAUAAUAUCUUAUACAGGCACACCAAUAAACUACGAUUAAAGUGUGGCAAUAUUGUCAAUCGCAGGCCUAAUAUGAAACCUCGACCAAGGUUCGAAAAACUAACCAUUUGAAUCGCUAACACUUGUUUUGAAAAAGCCAUUUUAUGUCUUAAAAACCUAACAUCAAAUGAAAAUU